UGUUGGUGGGGAGGGGGACCUGACGUGUAUUUAAGAACUCGCGACUCCACGGCCACUCGAUGUUCAUCUGCCCGGCGUCAGGAGCGAGCGAGUGAGCGAGCGAGCGACAGACACAGUGGAGGAGAGAGAGCGCCUACAGAGACAGAGAGCGCGAGAGAGAACGGAAGCGAGGGAAAGCGACACAGAGAGUUGCGGCUGAAGAUUUAGUGUGAGAAGUGACGAAUUAGAUAUACUCGAUACAGACCCACGUGCACACAAACGGACCCGGCCCGAUCAUGAAGCUCGGGACGCUCCUCCUCUUCGCCGUGGCGGUGCUGCUCCCUCCUCGCUCGGCUAUUUCCGUCAUCAAGCAGCAGCAGCAGGACCAGCAGCAGCAGCGAGAGCACCAUCGUCAGCAAGAGCAGCAGCAGCAGGGUCUGCCCUCUCCGUGGUCCCGAGCAUCGCUGCACCCGCGUGCGGUGCAGCGACCUCCUCCUCUGUUAGAAACGCACGGAAGUGCCGUGCCCUGGGACAGCUUCUCGGCAUCCGCGCGCCUCCUCCCCUCUCUCUGGCGAGUCGGCGACGCGGGCGGCGACUACGCCGAGGACGGUGGCGAUUACGGAGGGCAGGGGAAGGAGGCGGAGGAUGGGGGUAUCGAAGAGGUGGGGGAAGAGGAGGAGGAGCGGCGGCUGCUGGAGAAACGCGGGGAGGUCCCCACGUCGCUGGACCUCACCUUCCACCUGAUGCGGGAACUGCUGGACGCGGCGCGCGCCGAGAAGAUGGUGAUCCAGGCGCACAGCAACAGGAAGAUCAUGGACUCUGCGGGGAAGUGAAUGAUGAUUUUGAUGAUGGUGGUGACACGUUGGGUGUCUAGGUGCGUGGGUGUCUAUACGUGAGUGUCUUUGUGCAAGGGAUACUUUUUUGGCCAACUAAUGCCCGAUUGUAGGCUUGUGCCGCGUACAACAUAUAAUUAUCAAUAACACAGGGGACAGCUGCCACUAGGGGUCCCCUUGGCUUGGCUGCAGUCGGGAAUUGGAAUGCUUGAGAUGGGACUGGCGCUUUGUGGUAUGUUUGUGUGGGAGAGUGCGGUGGGUGCGUGUAGGUGUGUCUGUAGGAGUGUCUGUAGGAGUGUGUGCGUAUGUAGGAGUGUGUAUGUAGGAGUGUGCAUGUAGGAGUGUGUCUGUAGGAGU